AUGAGCGGAGAGGCAUCCUACAAAGACAAAGGAUGGGCUUGGGUCGUUGUGUUCGGCGCAUUUAUUUCCCACUUUCUCACCUGUGGUUUUGAGAAAGGAUAUGCUAUCCUCUAUGUUGAAAUCAUCAACAAAUACAACACUUCUGCUGCUAUGGCUGCGGGGAUCGGGGGACUGUCAGCUGCUAUCAGAUUGCUGUUUGCUCCAAUUUCGGUCACAUUAUCUAACAGGUUUAACGAACAGAUCGUAGUGAUAUGUGGGGCAAUAAUGUGUUUCGGCGGCCUACUUCUGUCUGCAGUAACCGAGGAAUUCAUUGGGGUGGCAAUCGGGUACGGAGUUAUAUUUGGUUUUGGACUAACUUUGGUAUACACUCCUUCACUGACAAUAUGCACGACCUAUUUCAGUAAGAGACGCGCUACUGCCAUCAGCUUAUCCCUCUCCGGCUGUGGUUUUGCUGCUCUGUCGAUACCAUACCUCAUAGUCUUCCUGAUAGACCGAUACGCGUACGACGGUGCAAUGUUAAUUCUCGCAGCAAUAAGCCUUCACUAUUCUGUCUCUGGAGCACUUUAUCGAGACGUCCCAGAUGACACUAAAGUGAUCAAAGCCAAGGUUUACCCGUCAGACUGCACAGGCGAUACGGUGCAUUUGAAAACUGGACUUAUGGAAAGGAUGCGAAAGCUUAUUCUUCAAUGCAUGCCGGUCGAUGCUUGCACAAAUAUUGGAAGGGAUCCCUGGAUUCUUCUGUUUUUGUUUUCUUUUUGCUUCAACAUGAUGGGUUCUGGACCUGUUACCACACUCCUCAUACAUCAUGCGGAAAAUCUGGGCUAUCGUCGGAUAUCGACAGUCCAGUUGCUGGCAAUUGAGGGAGUCGCGCAGAUCUUCGUUCGUGUUCUUACUGGGCUUGUGUUUGAUCAUGCUCGAAUCAAACCUCAUCGCGGCAUCAUUUGGGCUUGCACCAUUUCCUUCUCUUCACUUAUAAUAUUUCUUCUCGCCUUCGCGCACAGUUUGUGGGUCUUGUCUGUGCUCAUGUGUCUACGUGGGGUGUCGCUUGCCAUCUACAUCUCCCAACAGGCCGUGAUUGCAUCAGAUAUGUGUGAGCACGCGCCUGAAUCACUGAAACAAACCAUCGGAUUAACUCAAAUUGGAAAGGGCGUCGGUGUGUUCCUUGGAUCGUGGUUUUCCGGUGCUAUUCGAGACUAUACCACUCACUAUCGACCGGCAUUCUUGUUUCUGAGUUUGAUGCAGUUUAUCGGUUCAUUGACUGCUGGAGUGGCUGUACUAUAUGCUGGUCAUCCGACAUCGCGGUGUGGCCCUUGUUACAAAACCCGGUAUCGAGCUGUCUCCAAUUCUGAGUACAGUGUGAACACAGACCUCACGGAAUGUGGCAUCGAAGAGAAUAGGCACGACGAAUCUGCCCCGGUCGUUGGAAAGAAUGACCGAUCACGUGAUAUAAAUCUAACAGAGUCCAGAGCAAAUCUGUCAAGCUCCUCAAGUGUUAGGCGGAGUGGGCGCAUAAUCACUGUCGAGGAUGAAGAACCAAAACCUCCAGUAUAAAUAGACAAGUAUUUCGUUUCAUCAUUAGCAAUCACAACAAUGAAUCUGUCAAUCACAGUUUGUCCACAACAUCCUUUCGCAUAUGAUUUUCGGAGCAUCUGUACCAUAUUUUACCCUUCCUGAUAUUUUGCACCCUGCACCGUUUGUCGUGCUGUAUGAUCAGAGAUAAUUUGUUUCCAUUUUCCCACUUUUACUCCUCCAUCCACAAAAAUUUUGUUUUUACAUAUUUUGACGUCAGUUUUUUCGGCCGAACCCACAACCAGAUCAGUACGUCGAUUAUAUCAUGCAUGUGAU